AAAACUUUUUUGUGCUGACAACUUUUUAUGUCAACAAAAUGUCAAAUCUCCUGUUUGUUGUGUUGUUUGUGAUUGUGGUGUGGUGAUUAAAUUUAUAUUUUGUUUGAGAUUAUUAAAAUUCAAUCAUCGUGUUGAAAAAAUCAUCAUGUCAUUUUUCAAGAGUGUUGCUUCAGGCUUCAAUAUUCGCAGUCGUGACACGAUUUUGAAAGAAUCACUGAUUAACAAUUUAUCGGAGUGCGUAAAAGAUAUACAAUACACUAAUCAGUUUGAAGAAAACUUCCACAGUGUUCUCGGCUCAACAGAUUCGACAAAUACUUUAUGUGUCGCCUUAGAAGCUGUAUUCCUACAUGGACUGAAGGACACCCUAUUGAGGAAAGCCAAAAAUGCUUUGUCGGGAGACUCGGACCAUCGUCCUCAGCCCAACUUUUGGCCUCUGAUCCUUGUACUAUCGCACAGACAAAACAUUGAUCAGAUAUCAUCAUUACCGCAGAUCAACACUGAAAUUGGGCAAUGUAGAGCAUGGCUUCGAAUUGCUCUCAAUGAAUGCCUUUUGUCUUCUUAUAUGUCGACACUUUUAAAAAAUAUAUCGGCUGUUAAACCAUUUUACAACAGAACUGCUUUUGUGUGCGAUGCUGAGAUACUUGAACUAGCACAAAAGCUGAUUGAAGGCUUGGAAUCUUGUGUGCAAUUUAAUCUCCCGAUUAAUUCAAGUUUACUCAAUCAAUGGCCAGAACAAGUGCUGAUGCUUGCAGGGAUAUGGAUUCCUAAAAUAAGAGUGGCCCCUAUUAGCACUGCUCUAGAUGUGGCCAGCACCAUCACAGAUGAAGAAGUAAAGCCGAAGCUGGUCUCUACACCGACCCACACUUCUAACAUCACUGGCUUAGGGAGGAUGCUCGCACUCAAUGAAGAUGAAGCCCUUGAUUUUAUACUGUCCAAAGAUUCAAAAGAUUUAGCUACAAACAUAACAGAAGAAGCACAAGAAGAAGACACUGCUAAUGAAACCAAUGCUGAAACUUUUGGAGCAGAGAAACCAUCAAGCAGCCAAGAAGAAAGAGAAGUAACAUCUCCCACACCUUCAUUAGAUAUAGAUGACUUCGUUGCUUCUGCGGAUGUCAUAGUGACAGGUAAUUCCUUGAGUGGUAAAGGCUGGUCUAACGAUCCUGACAACUUGAAUGUGUCUGUACAUUCAAAUUCAUCCCAUGGGAGCAGUCUAAUUAAAACACCUGAGCUCAAAAGUUUAUCCUCAUUAGUAGACAAUUCAACAAAUUAUGGGGAAACACAAAAUUACUCAAACUUACAUGACAUAAUGAAAGACAUACAAAAAGAAUUAAAAUUAACAGACGACUCAGACAUCUGUGAAAUCACAGUAGAUUCUGACACUCUUGAAGACCCCAUGCUUCAGGGUUUAGACUUUGAAGUAGUUCCUAAUUCUAUGUCUGGAUCCUUUACUGUACCAGAAUUGCAAAAAAUGAUACAACAGCUAGGUGCUCUCUCAAGAGAACAGGGACUGGACCAUCAAAACUACCAGUGCAUGGGUUGCCAAGAUCUCCUGGGAAGCACCAUAUCCAAAGCUAAGGUUUGUGCCUUCACUGGGGAGUACUAUUGCUCUGAUUGUAUGGAUCCCAAUGUCUUUAUCAUUCCAGCAAGAGUCAUACACAACUGGGAUUUUAAAAGAUACUCAGUUUCAAAGAAAUCUGCAAUGUUUUUAUUAGAAUUUCAACAUCACCCUUGGAUAGAUAUGAAAAAACUUAAUCCAAAAAUUUAUUGCGGUGUGUCAGAUAUGGCCCAUUUGCAAGAUCUCAGAAUACAAUUAAAUUUCUUAAGGGCGUAUAUAUUUACAUGCCGUGAGCCUGUCAUUGAGGAUCUCCAAAAGAGGGUGUGGCCUCGUGAGUAUUUGUAUGAUCAUGUGCAUUUGUAUACAAUAUCUGACUUGGCUCAGAUACCAAAUGGUUCACUACUUUUGCAGUUAGAGAAAGUUGUGAACUUUGCUAGAACCCACGUCCUUGAUUGCUGGCUAUGUAGCCAGAAAGGGUUCAUCUGUGAAGUCUGUCGCGAUCCAAAAAUUUUGUAUCCUUUUGAAACAAGUACAACAUAUCGAUGUGAUGAAUGCUCUAGUGUUUUUCACAGCAAAUGCCUCAAUGCCAAUAUACCCUGCCCCAAGUGCAAACGGAAGCAAAACCGUACUAGCGAUGCUUCUUUAAUAGAUGCUGUCCAUGCACACUUUAACAAGUGAAUAUUUGGAAGCUUAGUAGUGGAAUUUUGUACAAACUCAAAUUUUUGUUACACAAAAAUGGCAGUCUAAAUACAUAUUUUAUUUUUAUACUAUAAGUAUCUAUAUUUUUGGAAAUCUUGCUUGAAUGUUUUCAAGGCACCUAUAAAAGUAGGCUGGUAUUUUGUUGUUAGUUUGGGUAAGGAACUAGUGACCACCACUGUUGAUUGAUUGAAGUUAAUGGAACUAUUGUUUUAGAAGAAAAUUUUUAAGAAUAUUGGAUGCCGAAAUAGCUAUAACAUAACUUAGUCCAAGAAAUGGCAUUCAUGUACCUAAAAACAUGACUAACUUUUGGCAGACAAGAAGUGAUAGUAAACAUUAAUUGAUUUGCCUCUGGUAACUUUUUUGUCAUUUUAAGAAGUAACAAUGUGAUAAUGUGUAUUUGAUUUCAAACAUAAUUUUUAUGAUGAUUAAUGGAUAUUUAAAAAAUAUUAUAUACUGAUCAAAAUAUGUCUAUUUUUAACUGUGCAGUUAAUUAGCUUGAAGACUUAUCAUAAGUAUCUUCUAUUUUAUUUAGUAAAUAAGUUGACAGUGCUAGAUUGUGGUUUGUCUUCAUUACUAAAAAUGUAAUAGAAUUCCACAUUUGAUAAUGUGAAACUAGUUAAAAUGAAAUAUUUUAAUGUGCCCUCAGCAUUUUUUAAAGCUAAGUAGGUAUGUACUGGCUAAGUUAUUUUUGUUUGAAUUUCUGCAUAUUAAUAUAACUAAUAUUAUUAUUAUUUUAUAAAUUUUAUUUAAACUAUGUGUGUGUUAUGAGCCGAUUGGUAAUUUUGCGAUUUGUCUAAGAUGGUACUCGCCAAGGGUAUUCGUUUUACGAAUGAUCAUUUGAUACGCAAACUAGCACAAACAUAAAAAUAAUUUUAGUCAAUUCAAGUAAGCGUGAAUUUUUAUUAUUUUUAUGUGAAUAUUUAACUAAUCAGGCAUUCGGAAAUGACCGAUUGCUGAGCGAUGUCCGAGAAUAACGAUUAUACCUAAAUCUCGAAUUCCUCGAAAAACUAAUUUGUGGCACAACCUCCACCUAAGGACAAUAAGUUGAACUUUGAGCCGCAUACAUAAAUAUUGUGUUUGUAUAGCUGUGAUACAUAAUGAUCAAUUAAC